GGGAGGAGGGCUUCUCCGGGUCCUUUGAGCCGCGGCGGAGGCUGCAGACGAGGGGAGUGGAGCGCGGAGUCAGGGUGCUGAAAUCCAAGACGCUAGCUAUUUGGACAGCGAAGGUGUGUACAACGAAUCGGAUCUCUUUCCUGAUGAAGACAACAUGACCCUCGCUCAGCAGGAAGUCCAUCAUGAGUCUGAUAUGGACAGCGCCAUUGAGAGCGCCCACAGCUCCGAGGCGUCUGAUGUGUGUAGGAGUGAGGAAAAGGAUGGUGUACUGGGAGGUCUCUUUCUCCCUGGAGAAAAGUUAAGUCCUCUGAACCCUUCCGCAGCAUCUGACCUUUCCACCUAUUCCACUGCUUCCUUGAUUAGUAACGAAGAGCAGUUUGAGGAUUACGGAGAAGGAGAUGAUGUGGACUUCACCCCCAGCAGCCCAUGCCCAGACGAUGAAAGCAGAACAAACGCUUACUCUGAUCUUGGCUCGUCCGUUUCUUCCAGUGCUGGCCAGACCCCAAGGAAAAUGAGGCACAUCUACAAUAGUGAAUUGCUGGACGUCUAUUGCACUCAGUGCUGCAAAAAAAUCAACCUGCUCAACGACUUGGAAGCCAGGCUGAAAAACCUGAAAGCAAACAGCCCAAACAGAAAAAUAUCUAGCACAGCUUUCGGAAGACAACUCUUCCACAACAGUAACUUCAGCAGCAGCAACGGCAGCACAGAGGACUUGUUCAGAGACAGCAUAGACUCGUGUGACAACGAUAUCACGGAAAAGGUGACUUAUUUAGAGAAAAAAGUGACAGAACUGGAAAAUGAUAGCAUGACAAACGGUGACCUGAAGAGCAAAUUGAAACAGGAGAACACACAGCUGGUUCACAGAGUUCAUGAAUUAGAAGAACUGUUGAAAGACCAAGAAGCAUCAGCUGAGCAGACUCUGGAGGAAGAGAUAAAGAGGCACAGAGAAGCAUACAGCAAGUAUGAAAAAGAGAAGAGCACUGAAAUUGAACUGCUCAACACAAGGGUUCAACAGCUUGAAGAAGAAAAUUGUGAGCUCACAACUACAGUCCUACGACUGAAAUCGCAAACUGAGAAGUUGGAUGAGGAAAGGCAACGGAUGUCCGACAGAUUAGAAGACACCAGUCUGCGGCUCAAAGAUGAGAUGGAUUUGUAUAAAAGAUUGAUGGACAAACUCCGAAGGAACAGGCUGGAAUUUAACAAGGAGAGGGAGGCGACUCAGGAGCUUAUUGAAGAUUUGCGAAAGGAGUUGGAGCACCUGCAGCUGUACAAACUUGAAUGUGAGCGGCCUGGUCGUGGGCGAAGCUCUUCCUCUAGCUUGAGUGAAUUCAAUGCAAAGGCAAGAGAAGUGGAAAUGGAGCAUGAAAUUAAACGCCUAAAGCAGGAAAAUCAGAAACUUCGCGACCAGAAUGACGACCUCAACGGGCAGAUCCUUAGUCUUAGUCUUUAUGAAGCCAAGAAUCUCUUUGCCACGCAGACGAAAGCCCAGUCCCUGGCAGCCGAAAUUGACUCUGCCUCCAGAGACGAGCUCAUGGAAGCCCUUAAAGAGCAAGAAGAGAUAAACUACCGAUUGCGCCAAUACAUGGACAAGAUCAUCCUAGCCAUUCUAGACCAUAAUCCAUCCAUCUUGGAAAUAAAAAACUGAAGGCCUGGGACCAGAAAGGAAACCAGCAGGGACUUGCGCCUCUUAGGAUGCCGCUGGAUCCAAACAUCAGUCUGCUAUUGUAAAUGAAUCUAUAAAUAUAUAUAUAUAUAUAUCAUAUAUAUAUAUAUUAUAUAACUUCUGUGGAUACACAAGGCGUGUUUAUAUGAGGUCAGGUCCACUAGGUCUGUGAAUCCUACGCUGGCUUUGUUCGUUUCUCAUGCACUUUCACCACGUUCAGGGUCGGGUGGGGGGGGGGAGAUUGUGACUGGAUUGUAAUGACAUGACCGCGUGACUGCAUUUUGCACUGCUUUAGAUACUGGACAGAAAUGACUCUACCUCUAGCUGCAAGGAUAAAAGACAAUGGAAAACUGUUUAGUGCCAAGGCUCCCCGUCAUCCUGAAACAGUGCCGAGUCCUUCUCACUCCAUCCCAGAAAUGUGCUGCAUGCCCAGGCUCCCUACAUCAUGUUUAGUUUUUUGCCCAGAGUUGUGCUCCUGGAGAUGGCAGGAACAACAGUGCUGCCUGCUCUUUCUAAAAGAAGGGGAAAGAGUACAUCAAAGAGUUUUUCGAUCUUUUUACCCCCACCCCCCGCUUCAGCAGAAAGCACUUUUAAUAACCAACUGAGCCAGGUAUCUUUUAGAAUGGUUGGCAGUCUGUGAUACACAUAUGCAUACUUGCACACACAAUAUGUCCACGUUCUCCUGGGCCUUGCCACUGAAAAUUUGUUCUCCAUAUGCUCGGCUUCAUGGUUGUUCUUGGCCACAAAAGAGGUGCUUCCAGAGAUCAGGGUCUUAACUGUGUCAGGCAACAAGCUUGGGCACUCCAUGGGAAAUGGCUGAGGUCUUAGGGGGUGAAAGCUCUUUAUGGUAGAGCCUCAGUGCUGCCUUCUUGAAACACAGAAUUUGGUAUUUGGAUGAGGUCUUUGUACAUUACUGCCUGUCAAUACCUUUCCGUGAUGUUUUGCAUGUGUGACAAAGCCUUUCAGGCACAGUCUUUAAGAAAAAGUGGCAAUCCCCUCUCUCUGGAAGUUUGUAAAGUGUGUGUUCACACAUCACAAAAUUUACUCAACAUGAUCACUCUAGAGCUCAGGCUUCGGGUUGUGUGUGUGUGAUUCAUAGGUCAUGGGUACCAUUCGGUAGUCGGUCAGUGCGCGAUUGCUUCAGAAAAAUCAGGAGCCGUCACUCACACCGACUUGUGCAGUCGCCCAUAAUUAUUGAGAAGCCCACUGUUGACUCUGCCAUCAAAGAUAAUUUGUUGUUCCUGUUUUGUUCCUUUUGCGGUUCAACCACCACUUUAUAACACUAACCCCUUUCUUUCUUUGUUUUUCAACCCAUUCACUGGAAAUACACCCUCACCCAGGCACGCUCUCGGAAAAUUGAUAGGGAAAUGGGGCUUGCUGUGUUGACUGCUACAGAUUCCAGUUUUUGUCUUUUUCAUUUAAGGGCCAUUCCACACAUGCCUCGUUUUCCUGCAUGGAAAGCACUUCUGUAUAGGAAAUAGCAUGCAGCCUGCAGUUAAACUGUUGUAUGGAUAACUGCACGUGUGUACAUUUAGCGACAUGCGUGAUGCGUGUGGGUAUGUGAUCUUUACAUGUGUGAUCUGCAUGUGGGUUUCGUGCUAUUCCCUGCACCAAAGUGUUUCACAUGUAGAAGGUGCAUAAAGUCUAAGGCAGCCAUAAGUCUUAAGGACACCCUGCACCUGUGAACGUGCACUAUACAUUUUCCCCACCUAACUGAUUGCAACUACAGUUCCAAGUUAAAACACACCUUGUUUUUAAAACAUGCUGUAACUUAAUUGUAUCAUUAAUCAUAAAGCUAGGAACUGUAGCUACCAAAAAUAAAUCAAAAGAUUAAAUAUGUUGGUAUUAAUAAUUUUGAUCUCUUAUUCUACAUACUAAAAUGACAUUUAUUUUUUAAAAAUUACAUUGUAAAUUUUUCACCUAUCAAAAUAUUGGAUAUAUGAACCUUCCCUGUAAAUGUGUUUUUCAAGUGUUCCCAUUCUCCCCUUACUUACAGGCAUACAAGAUUGUUCUAGAAUUAUUCUGUAGUCUGGAGCUUCACUUUCAAAUGAACACACCCUUUCUGCUCUAGGCUGUCUCGUCCAAAGCAGGUUGCCUUCUGUUUAUUUGGAGAAGAGAUGAGAAUAAGCUCCUUGAGAGAUUUUCCUUUCUUCAAAUGCAUCUAGUUAGUUAGGACUUGCUUCUCUGGUUGUAGAGAUUCCUUAUGUUCAAAGUGUUUACUGAGCACAUGUGAAGCCUUAUUCUUAUCUCUUGUUAAGAAAAGUUUGGGAGUGUGUUGGCUGUCUGUGUAGAGUGCUCAAGGUUGAGGCCAGACUUUUUGAUUAAUUAGAUGAUAUAAUAGGGCUUUGGUGUCUUGAUUAGCUCUGUCCACCUUCCUUGUCUACCUUUCGGAUGCAUUCCUAGAAAUCAUCCCGGGAGUAGCUUUUUCUGUCUUAAUGUGACACCCCAAAGUUAUUUAGCCAUUUCUGCUUUUCGUAUACGACUCCUGCCACUGGAUGCAUGCAUAACAAAGCCUUCCGACGCCACGAUCUGGAAAACAAGAUGGCUGGUGGCUUAGGAGCAAAGAAGACCGAAUGUUCAGUGGGGCAGCAAGCAAAGAGGUGCAUAAUUUGAAUAUCUGGGUUGGCCAGAACAAGUAGUUUAAAAAAAUUAUAAAAUGUGGUAAUUUCAGUGGAUUAAAAUCGCCAAUUAAAAUUCUUUACAUGAAAACUACAUCUGUAUUAAUUUCAGUUCAGGAUGGUACUUGCUGCCUGUCCUGUUGGUCCCAUCCUGGUUCCUGAGUUGGUAGUAAUGGAAGUUCAAAUGAACAGAAGCCUGUGUGGUAUGUGUGCAUGUUGCUUCUUGUGGCAUCUCGCCUCCUAAACCAGUGUAUAUUUUCCAGCUGUGGACCAUUUGGAAGAAACCUGCUGGCGGAGGAGUGGUUUCUUCUGCCAAUCGUUUGCUUGCCCUUCUCUUCCCCUUCUUGGAGCCAUGUGUUAUGGGCAGGACAGGAGAAACCCAUUCCAUAAAAGUUUCCUGUCCAAAGGUAAGAUGGUCAUUUAUUAGGCGGCAAAUUAUUGUGGUGCCCAGGUAACCAUUUGAGUUCUACACAAACAGUAGCUAUGGUGAUGAAACUGUUUCUGGAAUGUAGCACUUGCAAGUAGAUGUGGAUGUGUGGGGUAAGCACACACAGCCACCUACAACUGGACGCUCCUCACAAACCGUGGCAGGCGAGCAAGGUCUGGCCUAAGCCUUCAAUUCUAGACCUGCUGGUGUUGUGCGUGUUUGAUCAUUCCCGUGGAGCAGUAACAUGCUCACUUGUGCGUUGAAGUUGUACAGUCUGUAAACAAUUUCCUGAUCUCUGUUGUUUGUGUAGACCUGGCCUGUGUUACAGCCUACCAAUAUCUUUACCAUGCUUCCAAACCUGAACUGAGGGGGUAGGGGAGUGGUACAAUUUUCACUAUAUGGUUAGAUGACGCAGAAUACUAGUUUCAUGUACUGGUAACUGACUCGAUAUAUAUUUUAGCCAGAGCUUACUAGAGCUGCUUUCUUUAUUUUGGGUUCUGGAGAUAGCUACACUACCACUCGGUUUGCAUUUAUAGAUUUUGUUAAAUUUGUCCCAGAACAAGGCUGGGAGGUGGAUGGGUAGGAAAAGGUCUAGGUAUUACCAUAUUUGAUUGUCAAAAUGCUAUCAUUGCUAGACACUGUAUUGUUUAGAAAAAUAAUUCCCUGCCUCACAGGUCCACAAUCUGAAAUGGAUUAGAGAGAGAGAGAGAGAGAGAGAGAGAGAACGUGUGCAUGAGAAGGGAAGAGGAGCAGGAAGGCACCAAACAAAUGGGUCUAGAGGACUGGACAAAACAUAAAAUAUAAAUUCAUCAUUUGCUAUUAGUCAUGAUAAUGCAGUGGAAACGUCAUGCUCAGAGGCUAUAUACCUCUGUGCUUUUGCUGUGAUUCUGCUUCAGUUGACCAUUGAUCUGACUGAACAGGGUCGUUGUUAGGAAUUUAAAAACAUAGCAACUUUUAAAAAAUAAGUAAAACAUGUAGGCUUUAAAAAGAAGAAAGAAACAGAGCAGAGCAUAAAGGGUUAAAUGCAGAGGAAGUUUUCAGGCGGAAUGGGUUAAUUUCCGCCCACCCCCCUCUUUCCGCUGCAGACCUCCUGGUUUGCCUCAUGCUGUUC